AUGAUGUGGGACUGUGGCCUGAGGUACAUGUUCUCUGUGUCCCCUGCACUGCAGCAGGGGAAUAUGUGCAUCCUUCAUGACAAGGAGGACCUGUCCAGACUGGAGAUGGUCCAGAGACUGGCUAAGGAUGGCUGCCGUUUCCUGCAGAACCAAAGCAAGGGCCCAGAGAGGACAAGUGAGCCACAGAGUGACGAGGCAGUCCGCAUGUGUCUGAGAGAGAGGGGCCACGAUGUGCUUGUUCUCCAGAGAGUGUCGUCAGAGCGGCCAGCCCUCUCUGCAUCAGUGAGGGGAGGGGGGAGACAGGAGGCAAGGAAUGGGAGGUAUGUGGUGGUAUCGGGGACCCCAGAGAAGAUCCUGGAGCAUUUGCUGAAUGACCUGACACUGGAUGAGGAUCAGGGGACUACACAAGGAAAAGAGUCAGAUACUCUACUGGAUGACUUUCUCCUGACCUACCCAGUGUUCAUGUCAACCAGUGAUUUAUGUCAAGCCUUGCUGGGACACUAUUGCACCAAGCGAUACAGAGGAAAAGAAGACAGGAAAGAGGCAUUGGAGAGGAAACAAAAAGUCCUGCACCUGGUGUCACAGUGGAUGGCCCUCUGCAAAGACUUCCUAAAGGAAGACGAACACGUCAAACUGUUCAUGAAGGCUUUGUAUCGUUAUGUGUUGGAAGAUCUUUAUGAGCACCCGGCCCUGGAGAAGGAUGUGAGGGAGCUGCAGGAAAUCUAUCAGCUGCAUCGCAGAAACGCCGUUGAUGAAUAUUCUCCUCACAGAAAGAGCAAACUUUUCCACCAAUUGAGUCUGAAAGAGAACGGACUGCAGCCCAGAGUCACACAGAGGGAGACCAAGGAAGUGCUGUGUCAUGUGUAUAUUUCUAUGGACUCAUACCUGAGUAUGAGAGCCCACGCUGGGGUUGUAGCGCAGGAGCUGCUGCAGGCAGUGGCAGAAAGGAUGGAUGUCCCCCAGGGGGAACUGGUACUGGUGGCCAUCACUUACCCUGGAGGUCGGCUUCUCCUUCAGCCUCAGGACAGAGUUUUCUCUGAUUCAUCACGACCGGUGGGGAGGUUGCAUGUGUGCAGGAAGGACCUGGGCGAAGUCCUGAAUCCAUUCACAGACAACUCUGAGCUGCAACAGAGGACGGCGCACAUGCUCAGUUUAAACACAUGGGACGUUGCUGUCGCUCUCACCAACUUUGACUGGGCCAUCUUUGACUCGAUACAUGAGCAAGAACUGGUGUAUUUCACCUUCAGCCGCCAUGCUAACAGUAGCCACACUGUGACGUUAGAGCUGCUGCUCAAGCGCUGCAAUGAAGUGCAGCUGUGGGUGAUGACUGAGGUGUUGUUGUGCCCAACACUCUGCAAAAGGGUCCAACUCAUCAAGAAGUUCAUCAAGAUCGCAGCCCACUGUAAAGCUCAGAGGAACCUCAACUGUUUCUUUGCCAUUAUAAUGGGCCUGAACACAGCAGCUGUGAGCCGCCUCACCCAGACAUGGGAGAAAAUUCCAGGGAAAUUCAAAAAGCUGUUUUCAGAGCUUGAGACAAUUACAGAUCCCUCUCUGAACCACAAGGCCUACAGGGACUCCUUCAAGAAGAUGAAGGCGCCAAAGAUCCCCUUUCUUCCUCUGCUACUGAAAGAUAUUACAUUUAUUCAUGAAGGCAACAAGACUUUCCACGAUAACCUGGUCAAUUUUGAAAAGCUGCACAUGAUCGCAGACACGGUGCGGCUCAUUCGACAGUGUCAGAAAGAUCACAUGGGAAACGGCAUCACUCAGAAGAGCAGCUCCGAGGUGCGAGCCUACAUCGAUUACCUUCAUAUCAUCGACAAUCAGCAGACUCUGUUCGAACUGUCUCACCGGCUGGAGCCUCGUGCUUAGAGAGCAGCUCUUCCUGUUCUUCCCGCUCUGUCAGCCAGGCCACCAGAUCGCCAAGGUCCAAUCUAUCACUGUCGCGUCUACUGCAUCUCUCAGGACUCACGUCAGCAGUCGGAGGAUGCUGCACGCUCCCGGCCAGGCCACCGAAGGGAGCCGCCUAAUCAGGAGAGUGUCUCCACAAACGAGGAAAGGCAGCCAGAGAUAACCAAGGUUAAAUACAAGCAUUAUUGCACAGCUCCUGCAGUACAAAGACGGACACUGACACUCAUUCAAAGCACCAAAAAAAUCCAGGAGCAGCCGGCUGCAGAGCCAGUAGUUCCACUCUGACGUACUUUGUGUUUUGGCACAAACAGUGGCUAAAGCUGCACUAUUUGAUGUGAGGCGUCAGCAUGUCAACAUGCACAUCGACAGCAGGGUCAGGCUCAUUUAAAUUCAGAGGCCACAUACAACACAAUGUGAUAUCAAGU